CAGAAGCAAGUGUUUCAGUCAGAAGGUUCUCUUGAGAGGCUGGGCAAACUGCACACACUCAAAUCCGUGUACAGAGCAAGUCACAAGUUCUAAAGAGGAGGUUGAUGAGAUCUUAAGAUCUACUUUAAGAUCCAAUUUCAUGCAUCUCAUCCAUGUAGUGGGAACCUUUGCACGGACAAUCUGGGUCACGUCAGAACUCUUCGACGAGAACAAUUGAAAACCGUGCGACCGAUUCGUGCAAGUACAAAAGUAGCAACAACCGUGAAUUUCCACAGCCUACCUCGCCAUAUCUAGCAAAGAAGAGGAGGAUGCCAGACGGGAAAAGGGAGCGCACGAGUCUUUCCCGUCAGCGUGAUCCAUGUCGAGCUGGUCUAUACCUUCCUCGCGUACGUUAGGCAGGCAUCUGGGCAGAGUCUUGCAACAUAUCAACAGACAACAUUGCAACAUUGACGCUGCCUCUGCGGACGGGCAUUCAGAGAAUAAGGAUCAUGGAUGCAGAAAAGUACUGUAACAAGAUCAGCUCAGCUCUGAACUGAAGAACAUGGAUCUUUGUGUACGAUAGCACGGAAUCACGACGACGAGCGAGUGGAGCGUUGAAUCCAGAUCGAGCGAGUUCGACUUGCUGGCCAUAAAGCUGAGCAGGAAGGAAGCCAGUACGAAGUGGGUUAUCAUCAGUCUGAUCAUUAAAGGGACAGCACAGGAUAUGACAAGUACAGAAUGGAGGCGAUGGAAUCGAUCUGGUCAGUUUCUGUAACGCGAUUCGAAGACCAAUUGGCUCGACUUGCCCCAGCUGUUACUCCAAACAAACAUGAUGUGACAUCCUCAGCGGUGUCAAAUUCAGUGAAUAAUCGUAAGCAAUCGUCAGUUCACAGUCGAAGUGACAUAGAUUGGAGGAGUUCACAUCAGUCCACUAACUACUCUCGGAAAGAAUCAUCUGAAACAUUCGUACUUCACCGAAGUGGGUGGCUGUAAUAGAUGCCAAAUUUUAUAGGUGCGCAAAAGGUUCCGAUUUCAAGCGGAGAGAUACGAACCUCCUUUUGUUCAGCGAAAGACCAAAGCUUUCUGACAGCGGCAGCAGAAGAGGGAGACCAUUGCAGAAUAUAUCGAGAUUGCGAAUUCCGGUGGGACAAGUUCAGAACCGAGAUUCAGGGUAGGAGAUUUUGAGUCUCCGAUCAGAGAAUGGCCAAUAGCUGCAAUCUAACUGAAAGAGAACAGUGAAUGGAGAUGCAAGAGUGCACAAAGACACGGACGUCUCUGAGUCUGCACCAAUGUAGUAAAUCUGAAGAGGGAGUCAAGACAGUGAAAUACGCCUGUCUAUUUUUACGAUCCUUGGUCAGCUUAACGAACAUAAAUCUAAUGUGGCCAACUUCCGUUGUAUAGUGGAGCUCUUUUGAGGAUCAUGAAUAUGGUA